UUGUUGGUACCACUUCCCUCAAAGUUGUAGAAUGGCUGAUGAAGACACUGAAUUCAGCAAUUUUUUAGCCUACACAAAGAGCCCAAAAACAGCAAAAAGAACCUCUUUUCAGAAUGAACUUCAAAAAGCAAUUAAUGCUCGUGUUUUAAGACAGAAGGCUGUUGAUGAAAAGGAUUAUUCAGACUACUCAGAGGAGUUUGAAAGUGAUGAUAGUUUAGAUGACUCUUACAACCGAACAAAUACAACUGAAUCAAAAACCAAUAAACCGCUUUAUGAUUUUGAAACCUCAGAUGAAGAUGAUUUUCCGAAGACGCUUUCAUUUAUUAAAAAUAAAAAAGAGUUUGCUUCAAAAAAUGAUAAAGGAAUUGAAGAUAAGAGAAUUACAACUGGUAGAAACAGUGGAGACCAUGAUAACGUACUUCUAAAAUCACUACUGUUUGAUGAUGGGAAGAAAGAGGUUGAAGUUCUGGAAGAUACAAAAAGCAGACCAGUUCCAAAACCAAGGGAGAAUAAGAUGAACGCAACAUUAACAAAAGGUAGCAGCUUGCCAUUGUCAAACGAAACUCUUAAACCAACGCCACAACUGAGAAACUUGCUCAGAAGAGGUGAUGACCCUGAUGGAAAUGAUUCUACUCAAACAGAAGACUGGUACAAGAAACCUUCUUCUGUUUCGGCUCCUUCAUCUUUUACAAGGCUAAAUGAAACCAUAUCUUUUUCGGACAUGCCUGUCUUCUCAGAGGGAAAUCGCCUACCAAGCUCAUCAUCAAUACUUUCAAAAUCCAAAACAUUUCCUUUGUUAGGUAAUGAAAGUAAUGAAAGUAGAGGAACAUUCUCCAAGGAAUCACCAAACAACCUACUAAAAGAUCUUAAUCUUAAAGAGAUAAAUGUUAAUGAAGAAAAGUCUGAGUCACAAGUCAGUGGCAAACAUUCACCAUCAGUUUUGGAAAUGAUGCUAUCAUCAGUAAAAGAGAAGUCCAAUCAGCGGGAGAAUAACACAUUCAAUGAAAGUCGUCCAGCCAGUGAGAACGGAAUUCAGAAAAUUACAGAGGAUAAAAAUGCAGAAGGAGCUAGUUCACCAUCAAUCAGGUCAUUAGCCUCAAUGCAAAAUGGAAAGAAAAUCAAGAGUGGCACUCACAUUGUUGCAAAAUCUCGCUAUUUGGGAACAUUGAUGGUAUUGGAUACAUCACAAAAACAGAUCAGCUCCAAUGCAGUAGCUGAAGAUUCUUUACGGGCUGCUGUUUAUCAGACCUGGCAGGAAAAGAAAAAGAGUUUUCUUCACGAACAGCAAAAAUUAAAGAAGACAAAAGAAGAGCAAGAGAAAGAAAAACAAAGAAAAGAGGAGAUGAACAAAAUGGAAGAAGCAAAAGCAGCUUUCUAUGCAUGGAAAGCUGAGAAGUCAAAAGAAAUGAAAAAGCAUGUAAUAGAGCAGAGGCAAUCGGCAGGCAAGAAAAUGAAGGAAAUACAAGAACUUGCCUAUAAGAAAGAUGAAUCUAAGAAGGCAUUUGAACAAUGGAAAAAAGAAAAGGAAUUGCAUUUGAAAGAGAAAAUACGGAAACAAAAGCAGGCUGAGUUGGAAAAGAAAAAUGUGGAGCAGAAAUUUGUACAUGAAAAGAAAAAGGAGAAUAUACAAGCUGUUGAAGCAUGGAGUAAACGUAAAGAACAUGUACUGGAAGAGAAGAAAAAAGAGAAAGUGCAUGAAAAACUGAAACAUGAGAAAAUAAAGUCAGAAAAGCAGGACAAAGAUAAAAAAGCUUUGGAGGUGUAUGAAGAAUGGCUGGAGAAAAAAGAACGAAGAGAGCGUAUUGAAAAGAAGCAGAAAAGGCUCUAUCUUAUCUUAGAUGAUGAACCACCUCCACCAUGGAGUCCACCUGGCAGAACUAUUCCUUCAAGGAAAUGAAUGAGUCAAUAUUGGAAUCUCUCAGUUUUAUUGUACGUUUAUUUUAUUUUCUGCUACUUUCUCAUCAAUAUUCUGUACAGGACCAAAACAUUUAAAUAUUGCUGUAUGAUAUUGAAUUAGCAUUUUUAUACACAUAAUGGGACUUUUACAACAACUAAAGAUACAUUUAUAAUUCAAUAUCUAUUU